AUGCCUGAAGAAAUAACAUCUCCUAGAGCCACCUCUUACGAAGCUCCGCGUGACGUUCCAACUUGCGGUCGCCAUGACCCCGACAGGGUUGCCUCCUCGCGCGUCGUCGACGACAACGCGCUUGACGACGACGACGGCAAUAGCGAUUACAACGAGUACGCCGUCGGCACCGACGACGAGGCGGACUCCGGCGAGGAGCCGGACAAGGGAAUGUCCGACUCAGAGGAAGACGGCGAGGGCGACAAGUCCGAGGAUGAAGACGACGCACCUGAGGAAAGUCUGCCCGCGGCCUCGAACACGCGUGCCGGCCGUGCUAAGCCUGCAGCCCCCGCGAAAACCGCCUCAAAGGGUGGCGACCCUCCACGCCGUGCGCCGAAGACCCGCAACCACAUGCCUGUGAAGCGCAGCGUGUGGUCCCUGCUGGAGAGCACGAUCUUUGUGGCUGCCCGCUGGUUCAUGGAAGACGAACUCGAGUCGCUGCUAGGGAAGCAGGGCUCGCAGUAUUGGGCACGCCUUAUCAACCACCUCGAAAAGGAGAACCCAGGGUGGGUUCGCGGCGUCAACGCAGUAAUCCCAUAUGAUGCCACGCGCAUCACAUGUGAGCUGCAGUUGGACUGCGUACGCCGACUUCCUCAUGUAGUACUCCUGCCUGUGCCCUUCCAUCCCUUUUAUGUGUAUGUGCGUCCCAUCAAUAGUCCCAACAACCGCAGGUCUUCGCCAAGCAGCUCAUAUCGUCGGCGACGUAGACGUGCCCUCCUCGUGCGCUCGGCCGUCCUGUUGGAGCCAGUGGAGCUCUCUGCCGUGGAGUGGUCGCUGUCGAAGACCUCGGCUUCCGGCAUGCCGCCGACAGCCUGUCCUACUACGUCCAUGAAAAUGGUGUAG